AUGAACAACAAGGAAAUUCAGACGGAGAAUACAAACUCAGCAGACGCCAAGACGUCGAAUAUACCUGUCCAAGUAACUGGCGCCACCACCCUCGAUGCCCCUAAGCAACCAACGAUGGCCAAGUCGAAGAGGGAAGCUAGCCUGAAAGAUUACUUAAGAAUUUUCACUUACGCUGAGAAGACGGACGUCUACCUGAUCAUCGUGGGCACGUUGGCAUCAAUGGCUGCUGGGGCUACUCUCCCGAUAUUGAAUGUUGUAUUUGGCCAGCUUGUCGAGACAUUCAAUGAUUAUGCUACCCCAGGAAAGACACAGGACAGAGUCUCGUUUGAUGGCCUGUUGAAUAGAUACGCACUAUACAUCUUCGUCCUUUUCAUUGGGAGAUUUAUAUUUAGCUAUAUCAGCAAGCUCGCAUUUUCCGUCAUUGGAAUUCGAAUGUCCGCAGCGAUCCGACUCGACUAUCUAAAACAUCUCUUUGCGCAAACCGUCCACGUCCUUGAUCGAAUGCCUCCAGGGGCUGCGGCCGGUACGAUUACGGCAACAGCGAAUGUGCUACAAAUUGGAAUAUCAGAAAAAUUAGGGACGCUCGUCCAGUUUCUGGCUACGAUUCUGGCAGCAAUAAUUGUGGCAUUUACGUACAGUUGGUCAUUGACGCUCGUGACCGGCUCGCUACUUGUCUUUGUGGCGAUUGUUGGUGUCGUCCUCGUCCCUUUCAUGACUAAAAAGCACCAGAAGACAUUCGAAGCCGAGCAAAUGGCCUCCUCAAUAGCCAACGAGGCUUUUGGGAGCAUCCGAAUGAUCAUGGCUUAUAGCGCCCAAGCACGUGUUGGGGACCGCUUCUCCAAAUGGGCCAAUGAAGCCAAGAAACACGGACAGGGCGUGGCGCCAAUUGUCGCAAUGCAGUUUGGCCUGAUCUUCUUCGGUGUAUAUGCCACCUUUGGAUUGGCGUUCUGGUUUGGAACCAAGUCAUUCAGAGAGGGGCGAAUAGAGAGCGUUGGCAUCAUUGUCAUUGUCCUCAUGUCGGUCAUGUUAAUGGUCCUCUCCAUCCAGGGGUUGUUUACCCCAUUUAUUGCGGUGAAUAAAGCGAUGGUAGCGGCUUGCGAGUUCUUCUCCGUUGUUGAUUCUCCGCCUCAAAAGAGCGGGUGCCUCAAGGAACCUGAUGUUUCGGCAACUGACGACAUCGUCUUUAGAGCCGUCGACUUUGCAUAUCCCGGCCGGGCUCAUGUCAAGGUAUUAGACAGCCUAGACCUUCGAAUCGAAGCAGGCAAGGUAACAGCUAUCGUUGGGCCUUCUGGCUCCGGGAAAAGCACUGUUAUCGGGCUGAUUGAGAGAUGGUAUGAUCUCCAUGGCGACCCGGCUGUCCCUAGGGCAACGAAGGAGGAAGAUCAAACUACAAAUGAAAGAGAACUACAAAUUGGAAGAUCCAGAUCAAUCCCAGAGAGUAUCUCUCCAGCUGCCGUUCAGUUGCGGGGUAGAGUGGAAGUUUCUGGACAUGACAUCUUCGAGAUCGACCUCAAGUGGUGGAGGUGUCAAAUUGGCCUUGUACAGCAAGAGCCAUUUCUGUUCAAUGACACAAUCUACAACAAUGUUGCUCACGGAUUAAUCGGUUCUGGCUUAGAAGCCGAGACCGAAGAUCGAAAGAAGGAGCUCAUUGAAGAAGCCUGCAGGGAAGCAUUUGCUGAUGAAUUUAUCCAACGCUUGCCAGACGGGUACCACACAAUGGUUGGCGACAGUGGAACCAAAUUGAGUGGUGGUCAGCGGCAGCGGAUCAGCAUCGCGAGAGCCAUUGUGAAGAAGCCAAAAAUACUCAUAUUGGAUGAGGCAACCUCGUCGAUUGACGUACGUGGCGAGCGUAUUGUCCAGGCUGCGUUGGAAAGGGCAUCCCUUGGCAGGACCACAAUCACUAUUGCACAUAGGUUAUCCACUAUCCAGAAGGCAGAUCGCAUUGUCGUGCUGAGAAAGGGGAAAGUGGUGGAAAAAGGGACCCAUCAAUCUCUAUUGGAGAUCGAAGAUGGAGUCUACUCAGGGCUUGUAGCGACCCAGAACCUGACCAUGGACGAUGAAAAGCAUGAUGCCGAGCUACAGGAGCUUAAAGACAUAGAAAGCCAUCUCUCCAACGAGAGAGAGGAUGACGGCGAAGCAAUCGAAGGCAGCACAAACAUCUACAAAUCAGGAUACAAGCCUCAAGGCCUUCUUGGCAGCUUUGGAAGACUUCUCUACGAGCUGAAAAGCCAAUUUCCGUUCUACAUUGCCACCGUAUUUUUCGCCAUGUGUGCAGCAGCCGGCACUCCUCUUCAAGCGUAUCUAUUUGCAAAGAUUAUCGUCGUCUUUCAGUACGUGGAUGACAUGGAUAGGUUCACGACGCAAGCCAAUUUUUGGUCCCUGAUGUGGGUUGUAUUAGCCUUAGGCACGGGCUUCUCUCAAUUCGGAUUGCAAUUCGUCUCCAACCACCUCGCCGUUUACAUUUCAGCCACCUACCGCAUGCAGUAUUUCAAUGGGCUCAUAGCCCAGAAGGUGUCAUUCUUUGACGACGAGGACAACUCGGCUGGAACACUUACGGCCAAGCUAGGCAGCGAUCCCAGGCAGCUGGAGGAGCUGCUUGGCGUGAACAUGGCCCAAGUCUACAUGGCUAUUUUCAAUUUAUCCGGAUCGAUUGCGAUUGCCUUCGCUUUUGGCUGGAAGCUGGCCCUGGUGGCUGUCUGUGUUACAGUGCCUCUCGGGUUUUUGGCCGGCUUCUAUCGGCUCAGACACGAGCUACAGUUUGAAGCCCUCUCCCAUGCCGUGUUCGAGGAAAGCUCAAAGUUCGCGGCGGAAUCUAUCAGCGCAUUCCGCACGGUCACAUCAUUGACUCUAGAGGACACAAUUUGCCGUCGCUAUCGACAACUUUUGUCUGAUCAUGCCACAAAAGCCUCCAUAAAAUCAAGAUGGACAUCUCUCAUCCUGGCAUUCUCAGACAGCAUGGCCAUGGCGUGUCAAGCUCUUAUCUUCUGGUACGGUGGCAAGCUUCUCGGAUCUCACGAGUAUGAAGUGUUUAACUUCUUUGUUUGCUACAUGGCAGUGAUAAGCGGCGCCGAAGCUGCUGGCCUUGCCUUCAGUUACGGCCCCAAUGCAGCCCAGGCUUCAGCCGCCGCGAAUAGAAUCCUGGGUAUUCGUGAAAGCAAGAAUACAAACGAGAAGAAACAGAAGGAGCACAUCACAACUGCUCAAAAUGGUAUCAAGAUUGAGUUCCAACAUGUCUGGUUUAAGUACCCGACAAGAAACAUCUCAAUAUUUGAAGAUUUGAGUAUCACAAUCGAGAAAGGACAGUAUGCUGCCUUUGUUGGUUCAUCUGGGUCAGGUAAAACGACAAUCAUCUCUCUCCUUGAAAGAUUCUACGACGUAAACAGAGGCAAAAUCUUGGCUAAUGGCACAAAUAUAACGAGUGUCGGUAUUGACGAGUACCGCAAGCAAAUCUCUCUAGUUGCGCAGGACCCAACAAUUUUUCAAGGCACCAUACGAGAGAACAUCGUGCUCGGUGUAGAUGCAGAAACUACGGACGAUCAAGUGCAGACGGCUUGUCGAGACGCCAGCAUUCAUGAUUUCAUCUCGUCCCUACCUGACGGAUACAACACUGAAAUCGGAAGCAAAGGUGUCGAUCUUUCAGGUGGACAGAAACAGCGUAUAGCUAUUGCGAGAGCACUGAUCCGGAACCCACAGUUGUUAUUGCUCGAUGAAGCCACAAGUAGCCUGGACUCAGAAAGUGCCAGACUUGUACAGAUUGCCUUUGAAAAAGUUUCCAAGGGACGUACAAUGAUCGUGAUUGCCCAUCAACUGUCAACUAUUCAAAAAGCCGAUAUCAUCUUCGUUCUUGGAGAAGGAAAAGUUCUAGAAAAAGGCAAUCACAUAGAACUCCUGAAAAGGAAAAAAAUCUAUUGGAAUAUGUGUCAAAACCAGGCGUUGGAUAGUUGA